UUGAUGAGUUACUAGGAGGCGUAUGCGGCCUGCUUGGAGACGGGAUUGACUAGCCAGUGCAGGAUAAUUGGCGAUUAACGCAGGGAAGACGCGUAUGUGCUCGAAAAAGUAUUUGUUAUAGUUAAAACCCAAUAUUUUGUGGAUCUGCUAGCUCCUGUAGCCACAGAGGGAGCAAGACAGGAUGUUUCGCUUCCGGCUGCUUCCCGCUGCCUCGGUGGGGCUAGCCGUUGUGUCCCGACGUUAUCGUGGCUUUACCAACCCCACCCCCGGCCGUCGGAGACUGAUGAUGGCUGCACUAGUUGGAGUGACCGCUGCCUCGGCCAGCACUGGACUGAUGUGGAAAAGAGCCAACGCAGAGGCGGCCUCCUCAGUGAAGCACGCCCCCAGGACGGAGCGCAGUGCCCCGCUGGAGGAGGAGCCUGUGAAGGGGGAGGAGUUAGACGAUGACAAGGCGAUGGAGUCGAGCGGAGAGGAGGGGCAGCCUGAAGUGAAAAAGAAGAAACCACGAUCUGGCUUCAGGGAUCGCAAGGUAAUGGAAUACGAGAACCGUAUCCGUGCCUACUCCACUCCUGAUAAGAUCUUCCGAUACUUCGCCACGCUGAAGAUCAUCAGCGAGCACGGAGAUUCGGAGGUCUACAUGACCCCCCAGGAUUUCGUCCGGUCGAUCACACCCAACGAAAAACAACCAGAGAAUCUGGGGCUGGAUCAGUUCUUGGUGAAGAGAUACGAUGGCAAGACGAAUGGAAGGCACAGUAUAAAAGAUUUUUGGCAGCACACAGAGAAGCUUUCCCAGGAGCGAGAGAAGUUUGCAGACGAGGACAGUAUAUUUCACAGUCUGGGCGAGUGCGGGCUCAUCUCCUUUGCAGAUUACAUAUUCCUCACCACCGUUCUCUCCACUCCUCAGAGGAAUUUCGAAAUCGCCUUCAAGAUGUUUGAUCUGAACGGAGAUGGGGAAGUAGACAUGGAGGAGUUUGAACAGGUGCAAAGCAUCAUUCGCUCGCAGACCAGCAUGGGCAUGAGGCACCGGGACCGCUCCACCACGGGAAACACCCUCAAAACGGCCUUCAGCUCCGCCCUCACCACCUACUUCUUCGGAGCGGACCUCAAGGGCAAGCUGACCAUCAAGAACUUCCUGGAGUUCCAGCGCAGACUGCAGCACGACGUCCUGAAACUGGAGUUUGAGCGCAAUGACCCAGUAGAUGGUCGAAUCACAGAGCGCCAGUUUGGCAGCAUGCUGCUGGCCUACAGCGGAGUCCAGUCCCGCAAACUCACAGUCAUGCUGAAAAACCUCAAGAAGCAGUUCAAAGACGGGCCGGGAAUAACAUUUGACGAGGUGGAGAAUUUCUUCACCUUCUUGAAGAAUGUGAAUGACGUGGACACAGCGCUGAGUUUUUACCACAUGGCCGGAGCCUCCAUUGAUAAAGCAACGAUGAAGCAGGUCGCCAGAACUGUGGCGAAGGUGGAAUUGUCUGACCAUGUCUGUGAUGUUGUCUUUGCACUGUUUGACUGUGACGGCAACGGAGAGCUGAGCAACAAGGAGUUCAUCUCCAUCAUGAAGCAGCGGCUGAUGCGCGGUCUGGAAAAACCAAAAGACAUGGGCUUCACGCGGCUCGUGAGAGCCAUGUUCAAGUGCGCACAGGAGACUGCCUGGGACUUCACCAUGCCCAAGCAGCAGUAGAGAGGACAGGAGAGAGGAGGAACCAAAUCAAAGGACUUAAACGUUUGUUUUUUCCUGGAUUUUUGAAUAACAAAUAGGUCUUGAUGUUGCCUUCCAAUCGACAGACCUGAAAGUGUGCUGCUGAAGCUUGCUUAUAAUUGAGCAGUUGUUUGUGUAUUUCAAUGUGCUCUGUUAAAGCAAAUGUAAUUUUAAAGUAAAGCUUUGACAUGCAUGA